AUCUCUGUGUUAAAGUUUAUCAUUUAUUAUUGCUGGAUAGAAUUGGCUAGAUUAUGAUUUUUUUCAACUUCGUUGUGUUAAUGGUCACUAUUAUUUAGUGCAGAAUUCAUACUCUAAGUUACAAUCACCUAAUUUUUUAAUCAGUGACGAAGCUUACUUGAGCAUCAGUCCUCAAAAUCAUGGCUGAAGAUUUACAAGCUAACCUGCAAAGUUACAAACUUCAACUUCAACAGGUGACUGCUGCCUUAACCACUUCUCCUGAUGAUGAAGAAUUGAACAAGUUGAAACUAGAUUUGGAAGAAGUUAUCAAUUUGACCACUGAAUUGAUUAAAGCUCAGCUUUUGGAAGAAGUUUCUGCAAAGACUGGUCAAUCAUUAUCAGCUUCAGACGUUGAUGUUGAAGAUGUGGAAGCACUUGCAGCAGCAACCAAAUCCCGACAGGACUGGAAACCUGGCGACAAGUGCCAAGCCCUAUGGGUUGAAGAUGGCCAAUAUUAUGAAGCAGUUAUUGAGUCUAUCGAAGGGGAAGAGGUUUCUGUCAUUUUCGAUAGUUAUGGAAAAAGUGCAGUUGUUACAACAAUAGAAUUCAUCAAAGAAUCAGCAAAAGCUCAAGAAAGUUCCAGUUCCUUUAAGAAACAGCCUGUGACGAAAAUACGGGAGUACCAGAAAAAGAAAAAGCAGAAGAAACUACAAAGGUCCAAGCAAAUCGAAGAGGAAAGAGAGCAAGAAAAAAAUAAAUGGCUUUCAUUCAGUUCCAAAGCUUCGAAAAAAGGAAUAAUGAAAAAGAGCAUUUUUGCCUCACCAGACAAUGUGAAAGGCCGAGUUGGAAUAGGAACCUGCGGAGUCAGUGGCAAAGGAAUGACUGAUUACGUCCAGGCAGAAAAAUACAAACGAGGGACAUGAAGGAUCAGAGAUGUCAUUGUAUUCACCUUGUUUUCAGCUUUAAUUUGUUCAGAAUUUGUUGUCUGUGCUCCGAUGUUUUGGUUUAUCUCUUGCAAUACAAAACCACCCUGCCUCCUUUCAUCCAAGAGUGCUCAACAGUUUUUGGUAGGGUCACAAAGUUUUUUGCACUGUAAAUUUUUUGAAGCUCACUAAUGAUCAGCAAGAGGCCCUUUUGCGAGCAGAAAGAUUCAGAAAUGUGCGAAGAAAAAGUAAAUAAAUAAAAUAAAAUGGAAACUUCAAAUACUAAUUUUUCAAUUUUGAUCUUAAACUUAGGUAGGUAAGUAGUUCUGACUUUUAAUUUACUCUAUUCUUUUAAGUAGCUCGCCAUGAAAAGUUAUAGAUUGUGUUUUAGCCUUCCUCUAUAGAUAAUAUUUCUUGAUCCAGGAGAACAAAGCUGAAAACCGAAUAGGGUGUGGAGUCAAAACUGUAUUUACCAUUUAUCUCUGAAUUAAAUAAUGAUAGCAUCAUAAAGCUUGCUUUUGAACUGUCUCUCAGUCAGGUAAAUCAAUGUUUUCCCUUGCUCUUUUACUUACAUCAAUUUUCUGUACAUAGUGAUAUAAGUGUAAAUGAAUCAACUGUAAAUAUAUUUGAACUGAAUUUUUUUUUUA